GCUCAUCUUUAACUCUCUUUUGCAGCUAAGUCGGUUUAUAACUCAUAUUGGAUGUUAGUUUUCUUGCAGCUGCGGGCGCGUUCAGUUGUUUUUUCGGAGAAUAUGUAUGUGUAUAUCGUUUAACGUGAAUAUUUGAUCCGUUAAAAUAUUAGUUGAAAAAACAUAUUUGGUGUAAACUCUGCAAGUGUGUUUCAUUGAUUGACUGCCCUAAUAUAUGUUUCUUAUUGGAAAUUAUUUAACUGAUUUGUUAUGUAUUAGGAUAAGAACUAAGUCAAAUGGAACUAAGCAACUUAAUAAACCAAUUGGACUAUAGCGAAUAAACUAAACUAAAUGAGCAACUGUUGCAGAUCCUAAAAUUACUUACAUUACUAUUUCUGCAAAAUGGAUACGGUUUAUGGGACCAAGAAAUACUUUCAGAGCCUGUCUGGUGUAAGCGAUAUAUAUCGCACGCAGACAUGUCGACAAAUGAACACCUCCGAAUACAAUUAUCAGAACACGCUGGGACGUCGUUCUCAGCUGGGCGCCUAUUACCACAUGAACAAACAGCCCUCGUACACAAACGAUCAUAGCAUCAACAGUCAAUACGGCGGCUAUAAUACUUGGGGUAUUUGGCGAGAUGGACGAAAUAUAGCGCCAUCCACAUUCUCAACGAAAACGCAUGCGCACUAUCCAAAGAAUCGAUCGUUCUCUAUUAUAUUAACGACAGCGGCGUUUAUUGUGCUGCUGGCGGUGAUCUCCAUAGCCGGGUUGGCCUUCUAUUUCAGCUCUAUUAAGGCCACUCUGGAGGAUCCUAUUCUUGGCUUUGAGGGCUCCUUUCGCAUUGCCAAGGGCGAUUUGUAUUCCACGGGUCUGAAAUACAAUCAUACGACGACCUACAAGCAAAAGAUUGAGUUCUAUAAACGAUUUGUGGAGCGCGCGCUGACGGAUAACGGACUGCAACCACUACGCACCGAUGUCUGGGGUUUUGGCGAGGGUCCAUUGAUAAAAGUAUCCUUUCGCUUAUUUCUGGACGUGCGCAAGCUGCCACAAAACAUAAUCAGCGUGGAGGAGUACAUAAAGGAGUCUCUAUUCCUGGAAACCUCAGUCAGCAAGUCGCUCUAUCGUUCGUUGCGUCUGGACACCGAAUCUGUGGAAAUCAAGAGGAUACUCGAUGAGCAAGUGGUGCGUUCAGCAGCCAUAUUGAAGGAAGCUCAAACGGUGCCCACCAGCCAAACCCAAUUGGAGAAGCGCCUGAUGAAGAAGGGUACUGUACCUGCCGUACCACUUGCACCACUGCAAGGCAAAACCACAUCCAAGCCACGCCCACCUUUACGACCCCAUUCACCCGAUGAUGAGCCCGAAAUAGAUGUGGAAAAUGCACCUGUUAUACAAGGAUCCUUUGAGGGUUCUUUUGAGAUAACCAAGACGGAUGCGGAUAUUGCACGCAAGAAGACUUCGCCAACGCGAUCCUAUCAAAGUAGCAGUCUGCCACCCAAGUCGAUAGCAGUGACGCCCUAUUCGCUGCGUGUGAAGCCGAAAAAGACGAGUGUGGAUAAGCUGACUACCAUAACGCCACACAAUCCAAUGAUCAGCAGCUCAACAGCAACAACAACGACUACGAGAAAUCCAACAACAACAACAACUAGAAGAACUACGACUAAAUCAACCACACCUUCAACAACAACCACAACGACUACUACAAGCACAACCACAACAACCACGCCGAAGCCGUCGACAACAACAACAACAACAACAAGCACAUCAACAACAACAACGGCGGCUCCCCCAGCAACAACUACGCCCAGCUCAACGACAACAACAACUACAUUUAUGCCUGCCUCUUCAACCGUGGUGCUGCCCAAAUUGGAUGCGAAUCUGUUUACCACCUUCCCCAUACUAGACACUCAACCAUGGCGACCCAUACAUCGUGAGGUGCCAGAAUUGUUGCCCGGACCACCACCGGCUUUCCCCACAAAAACGUUGCCAACUAUGAACCAGAUGCUACCACAACGUCGUAUUGAUGAGAUAGAGCUGCCGUUUAUAGCGGAAAAUCCGACGCCCCCAGCAGCUGCAAUGCCCGCCAUGGGCGUAACACUGGAUCCAUUUGUAGCCCUUUCUGGAUUUGUUAGCCGUCAACCGGCAGAUGGAAAGUUGGAUAUGCCUACUGGUCAGAAGCCGGAGCAGGAUAUGCUCUUCUAUCAUAGCUUUGGCAGUCCCGUCUAUAUGCCUGGAACGGAGAACAUUGAACGUUUGGGUGGAGCUUUGGUGGAGCCACAUCCGCUGCCGGUGCCACUGAUUGAUGAUGUCAUUGUGCCACCGUUUAGACCCAUCAACCCUACGCUGGGCGGGCUAAACAAGCUGCAGUUCAACAUCGAUGGCAACAAUGAGAAAUUCGAGCAUUUAGGCGGUGGAGUCAUAGCCAAGAAGCAGGAGAAUGUUAGCAAUACGGAGCCCAAGGUGGAGAGCACAACAGCCAAGUUGAUCACUACAACAGUCACUAGUUCGACAACACCAUUGAAGAUUCAGUUAGAUGCUGCGCCAACUCUGGCGCCCGUUCUUUCUGGCCAAAAGCCAGAAAACUCUGUACUCGCAGAUACCAUAGGAGAGUUCUUUAUGGAGCUGCUAAAUUUGCCAAAGGAGGGGAAUGCCACAACUACAAUGGAGCCCGACCAGGUGGAGUCACGCAUUGAAGCUGAGGAUAAGGAAGGAGACUUGGAUCUGCCAGCGGAAGCUGCAAAUCCAAGCAAGCCAAACUUUAUGAAUCUUAAAGAAUUGAUUUUACAGCGAAGCUCCACAACAACAACCACUACUACGACAACAACAACCACCACAGAGGCACCUGCCAGCACCACCAAACGCAAUCGCAUACGUCCAAAUAGCGAACGACCCACCAUGCUGGAUGAUUCCAAUCUCUUUCCCUCCCAUUCCAAAUGGGAAUUUGUUAACAGCUCGGCGCCUGUAAACUUUGGCUAUGGAGGCAACAUGCGGAAGGUGUUCAAUAAAACACUCCAAGCAUGGGUCUCUGAAGACGUGGAGAAGACGGAGAACUACACGCUGCACGAUAUCAAAACAAGGAUUAAUAAUGCCAGCAAUAUUCAGGAUAUAUCAUUGAUAUUCGACACUUUGGCCUCCAAGCUGGGCAUCACGCCCAGUGUGCCAAUGAAAUUCCCGCCUUUCUCGCAGAACAAACUGAAGCACAGCCAAAGGAAUGAGACGAAGGCGAAGACGACGUCAACGACGACAGAAUCCAUGCCCUUAUUGGAGUCGAGUGUGAAGAACUUUGUGGAGCUGCCUUUGCAACAACGUGAACCUUUCAUCCGGCCCAUGUCAAGUUUUAUGGACGACGGCUCCACAGAAGUAUUGGGUGCUGCUAUUCCCGUUGUGGGCGAGGCUGAGGUGGAAGUGGUUGAUCCCGUCAAGUAUGAAGAGCUUUUGAAGACAUCCCAGUUCGCGGAGGCAACAUCGACGGAACCAAGUCCACAUCGUUUGGUUACGCUGCUGCCCGUACGAUCCAAUUCCGGCAUUCGCACCUACAAACCACCCACAGAGGAAUUAGAGCAGGACUCACAACGGAGUCAGAGUCAAGUAGAGAUUGCACCCGAAUCCUCAAAGCCACGAUCUAAAGGCAACAGUAGCAUACGCCGUAAAACCAACUCGAAUCAGAGUCGAAAAUUUGGUCAACCACCCGCGGAGGCGAUCGUUAAGGGCGGCAUCAAGGUCACGGUCAAGAAAUAAAAUUCACUAAAUGAAAAAGGAAGUAAAACAAAAACCAG